CACCAAUGUAUAGCAUAGAACACUCCCUCAACACCAAUUUUGAAGGGCUUUAAAGGUUCUGAUGUUAGCAAUCGGGAUGUUGCCGCCGGCGAUCUAGUCCUUUUCCGUAGCGUUCUGGUACGAACAUUCCAAACGGUGCAGCGUUUGGCGUUUCAGGUGGCGCAAAUUAUUUCAGGCUAUCAUUGUUUGAAAAUCGAUAGAUCAACAUUUUAAAUGGCGGUGAUUAGGUGUAGAAGUUGGUGUAAAAUUUUGAGUGGGAUGCUGCUGGGUAAUGUAGAGAUAAAUGAAAUUGGAAGAAGAUGGUAUUCUAGAGAUAUGAAGACUGACUGGAAUAAGCUGCGACCAAUGAUACAACAGAGGAUAGAGAAGAGGCUUAUAGGAUAUCCACUAAGAUACAUGAUUCCUAUUGCAAAGGAAGUUCUUCUAGCACGGUCUACUCUCAUCCAUGGAGUUUCUGCACUCCUCAAGGCAUUACCUGUUGUAACUUGCAAGAACUGUCCGGAAGUAUAUAUUGGUGAAAAAGGUCAUAUGAUUCGCUCAUGCCGUGGUUUUAAACAGUUGAACAAGAAUCAGGUCCAUGAAUGGAUCAAGGCAAGUUUAAAUGAUAUACUAGUUCCUGUGGAGACAUUUCAUCUUGAAAACCUGGCCCAAGAUGUGAUCAUGCACCACGAAAGAUUUAAUCACGAACGUGUUCCCGUUAUCGUUGAACUGUGUUGCCAAGCAGGAGCUUAUCCACAAGAUUUUGAUUUUCGAUCUUCUAACUGUAUGUCAAAAGCUACAGAAUCUGCAGUAGAGUUUUCCUCGUGUACAUUGUCGGCUAAUGAAUUGAUGACCAUAGGAAACAGAACAUUAAGUGCAUGGGAAAUACUCAGAGAAGGUGUCAAGAAGCUAUUAUUGGUCUAUCAUGCGAAGGUCUGCAAAUAUUGUUCGGAAGUUCACGUGGGACCAUCUGGCCAUAAAGCCCGACUUUGUGGAGUAUUCAAGUGUGAACACUGGCGAGGGAAUCAUUUCUGGCAGAAGGCGAGUGUAGAUGAUUUAGUACCACCUAAAAUGGUGUGGUGUCGUCGACCUCAAGACCCUCUAGUACUUCUCCAUGAACACCGUAGUUACUAUGGGCAUUUACCUGCUGUAGUAGAUCUCUGCUCAAAGGCUGGUGCUAUGCCACCCGCCAAAUAUUCUUGUAUGAUGAAAAUUCAGGGUUUAAGCGGGCCGCCUCCAGAUUUUAUUUCAGGCUAAACUCACCUUUUUGGCAUUGAGUUCACUUGUCAUUUCGGACCGUCCCAAGUUUUCGAGGUGAAAUAGAUUCUUUUCGAUAUCAAUCUUCUUCCGGGAAGCUAUUUUGGGACACCGUGAUAAAAUGUGCCAAUGCAUUAUUGGUGACACUUUUUAAAGAUGCAUAUGGUUAAGAUUUGUUCUCUUCGCUUGAUAUGAGGCAAUAAUGUUGCUCGUUGUUACCAUUUUGUUCCUUUGUUUGGCUUGAUUUUUCGGGACUCUGGGAGAUUAUUAUUAGUCCAUUAGAUAGAUUUUUCAAAAGAUUUGUUCAAUACCUAGCAUCAUCAGAGCAUGUACUUCUCAAUGCACAUGCUUUGUUUAAAUAGUUGUUACACUUUUUUAUUUCAUGUAUUUAAUGCAUUAUGUUGAUUAUGUAUUUAGAUCAGAUUUGGA